CACUCUCUCUCUCUCUCUCGGCAGCGAGCAAUGCUGUGCUGUCGCGCCACCGCCUCCCUCCCGCCGUCUCCUCCCACCCCCUCGCAUGCCGCCGACCCGCACGCGCGCCUCAGGGCGGCGGCCGCGCGCUCCGACCUCCCGGCCGCGCUCGCCGCCUUCGCCGCCAUGCCCUCCGCCCCCGCCCCCGCGCGCCCCGUCCUCCGCACCUUCACCGCCCUCCUCAAGCUCUGCGCGGCGCGCGCCGACCUCGCCACGGGCCGCGCCGUCCACGCGCAGCUCGCCGCGCGGGGGCUCGCCUCCGAGUCCCUCGCCGCCACCGCCCUCGCCAACAUGUACGCCAAGUGCCGCCGCCCCGCCGACGCGCGCAGGGUGUUCGACCGGAUGACCGCCAGGGACCGCGUCGCCUGGAACGCGCUCGUCGCCGGCUACGCGAGGAACGGCCUCGCCGAGGCCGCCAUGGAGAUGCUCGUCCGGAUGCAGGAGGAGGACGGGGAGCGGCCUGACUCCGUCACGCUCGUGUCCGUGCUGCCGGCCUGCGCCACCGCCCGGGCGCUCCGCGCGUGCAGACAGGUCCACGCGUUCGCGCUCCGCGCCGGGCUUGAUGAGCUCGUGAACGUUUCCACGGCGAUUCUUGACGUGUACUGCAAGUGCGGAGCGGUCGAGGCAGCGAGGGCUGUCUUCGAUUGGAUGCCGGCCAAGAACUCUGUGUCCUGGAACGCCAUGAUCGAUGGGUACGCCCAGAGUGGCAAUGCCACGGAGGCGCUGGCUCUGUUCAAGAGGAUGGUUAGGGAGGGUGUGGAUGUGACGGACGCGACCAUACUGCCAGCAUUGCAAGCGUGCGGGGAGCUUGGACAUCUUGAUGAGGCCAGACAUGUUCAUGAGCUACUUGUGAGGAUCGGCCUCAACUCAAAUGUGUCGGUGAUGAACGCCCUUAUCACCACCUACUCCAAGUGCAAGAGGACUGACCUUGCUGCCCAGGUUUUCAAUGAACUGGGCAACAAAAAGACGCGGAUCUCGUGGAAUGCCAUGAUCCUUGGCUUCUCGCAGAAUGGAUGCUCCGAGGACGCAGUGGGGCUUUUCUCUGCUAUGCAGUUGGAAAAUGUGAAACCUGAUUCGUUCACUCUUGUCAGCGUGAUUCCUGCGGUUGCGGAGAUUUCAGAUCCUCUGCAGGCAAGAUGGAUCCACGGAUGUUCAAUCAAGCACCACCUGGACCAGGACGUCUAUGUCCUCACAGCCCUUAUUGACAUGUACUCAAAAUGUGGGCGUGUCACCAUAGCUAGAAGGCUCUUCGAUUCUGCAAGGCAGAGGCAUGUUAUCACCUGGAAUGCGAUGAUCCAUGGGUAUGGCUCGCAUGGUUUUGGCAAGGUUGCAGUCGAGCUGUUUGAAGAGAUGAAAGGUACUGGCAGUUUGCCGAACGAGACAACAUUCCUCUCGGUCCUCGCAGCAUGCAGUCACGCUGGUUUGGUUGACCAAGGGCGGAGAUAUUUUGCUAGCAUGAAGGAGGACUAUGGGCUUGAACCUGGGAUGGAGCACUAUGGCACCAUGGUGGAUCUUCUUGGGCGAGCUGGGAAGUUGGAUGAAGCAUGGUCAUUUAUGAAAGACAUGCCUAUACAACCUGGCAUUAGUGUGUAUGGUGCAAUGUUAGGUGCUUGCAAGUUGCACAAGAAUGUAGAAUUGGCGGAAGAAUCAGCACAAAAGAUCUUUGAGCUGGGGCCAGAGGAGGGUGUGUACCAUGUCCUCUUGGCAAACAUUUAUGCAAAUGCUUCUAAGUGGAAGGACGUUGCACGGGUGAGGACUGCCAUGGAGAAGAAAGGCCUCCAGAAGACUCCUGGAUGGAGUAUUAUUCAGCUUAAAAAUGAGGUCCAUACCUUCUACUCUGGAAGCACAAAUCACCAACAAGCAAAGGAAAUAUAUGCAAGGCUUACUAAGCUCAUAGAAGAGAUCAAAGCUGUGGGCUAUGUGCCAGACACUGACUCAAUUCAUGAUGUGGAAGAUGAUGUCAAGGCGCAGCUGCUUAACACUCACAGUGAAAAGCUUGCAAUUGCGUAUGGGCUCAUUCGAACAGCCCCUGGAACAACAAUUCAGAUAAAGAAGAACCUUCGAGUUUGUAACGACUGCCAUAAUGCGACCAAGUUAAUAUCUUUGGUGACAGGAAGGGAAAUAAUCAUGAGAGAUAUUCAACGAUUUCACCACUUCAAGGAUGGAAAAUGUUCAUGUGGAGACUAUUGGUAGUGAAAUGUGAAGGUCGUCUGAAUAUGCAUUUUCAGAUUAGGGACCUCAUGGAGCUGGUUACAAAUAAGAAUACUAAAUUAGACUAACAGGUGCAGCAUUACAUCUUGAGGUGUGUUAAAGAAGUUGGAUGAGUACCUUCCAUGUCCAGGCACCUGUGUAAGCAACAAGCUUGGGGACACUGACGUCGCCAAACGACAUGGAAUCAUUAGAACUCCCUGCUGUGCCGUAAUGAACAAUGCCAGACACGCUAAAGACAUCGAUGAGAGUCUGUACAGUGACAGCUGCAUUCAACUGGAAAAACAAAAAGGUAGUGGUAACAGGCUGGAGCUGGAGGCUGGAGCUGGAAUAGUGUGAGAGAAAAAUACUGUUGGGCUGGUUGGAGCUGGAGCUGGUGGCUGGAGUGGUGUGAGAGGAAAUUACUGUAGCACUGGAGGCUACAAGACCAGCCGAACGCAGUGAUUAAGGCGACACGGGUCUUGAUGAGCCCACGAGUUAGUUCUGCUAGUGCCGGUGCUCAACAGUUCUUGUAGUAUGUUUUUGUCCAGGGCAGGGAAAUUGUACAUGUAAUGUCUGAAAGCAUCUAUCUUUAAUUAACUUUUGGCCUUCAGAUUACUGCUAAUGAAGCUAGUUUGCAUUUUAUGGGUAGCAUCCUGACACUUGCAGAGCUUCAAGACUUGAAGUAAGUUUUGAAUUUUGCAAAUUAUCCUUAAA